AUGGCUGACCAGACCCCAAACCAAUCCGCUUCACCUUCCACCCCUGACCAAGUAGCCAUGCGAGAGGCAGCAUUCCUGGCUACUCGCCGGGAGAACCCGGAGAAACCUUCUGCUGUUAGGCCUUCUGUGUUCAAGAGAGGAGGAAGCACUGAGAGCAUACCUAUGCUAACACCUACCGUCUCAACUGAAAGUGAAAGGAAGAGACGCGAUGAUACGGAGGUGUUUGGCAACAUCCUGAGUACCUUAGAGCAAGGAGGUGGAUUGCCCGAGGCAGGGGUUGUAAACCAACCACUGACUACUGAGGAGAAGGCGGUGGUAGUGGCAGAAGAAGCAGUGAAGGAUGGAAGAAGAGAAGAAGAAGAGAUUGCAAUUGAGGAGGCCAAGGAAGCUGAGGUUGCAUUAGAGACCCCUGACAUUGCGAUGGAGGAGGUUGCAGGGGAUACGCAACCAGAAGGGGCUAAGAAGAAAGAGAAGAAGAAGAAGAAGAGCAAGGGAAAGAAGGCUGGAGAGGCGGAGUCUUCACAUUAUCGCAAGGCAAGAAAGAACAAAGAGAAAAAGUAUGAUGAUGAAGAUAAAGAGGCCAAAAAGGAGAGGAAGAAGAAGGAGAAAGAAGAAAGAAAAUUGUGCCGGUGUGAAGAGAGGACUUGA